AGGGGCCGGUUCCCGAUCCGGCGGACCCUGCGCUACCUCAGCCAGGGCGAUGUCGUGUUCAAGAGCGCGGUGAAGGUGAUGACCGUGAACUACAACACAGCGGGAGAGCUGAGCGAGGGCGCGAGAAAGUUCGUGUUUUUCAACAUUCCCCAGAUCCAGUACAAGAACCCCUGGGUGCAGAUCAUGCUGUUCAGGAACAUGACCCCCUCGCCCUUCCUCCGGUUCUACCUGGACAAUGGAGAACAAGUUUUGGUUGACGUGGAAGAUAAAACCAACAAAGAGAUAACAGAGCACAUUAAAAAAAUCCUGGGGAAAAGCAAAGAAACACUUGAAAAAGAGGAAAGAGAAAGGAAAAAACUAUCACAUCCAGCAACUUUUGGGCCCAAGAAGUAUCAUCUGCGAGAAUGCAUGUGUGAGAUUGAAGGCCAAGUUCCCUGCCCUGCUUUUGUGCCACUGCCCAAAGAGAUGAGGGGAAAAUACAAAGCUGCUAUGAAAAAUGAAGCAUCAGCCUGACAAGUCGUGCAGCUGUUUUUCCUCAGGGCUGGAUGAUGACGGUGCUUCAGUGAGAGACAAGAGCUCA